GACGUCUACGUUCGCGCGGCACGUAUUGAACGCCGAGCGAGCAAAGCUAGCUAGGAAUAUUAAUGGCCGCCCGCCGACAAGCCACCGCGGCCGCCACCCUCGCGUUCCUCCUCCUCCUCUCAGUCUCUGCAGCGUCGUCGUCGCCGGCGCUGCCGACGACGGCGGCGUCGCGCAAGGUGCUGCACUGGAAGCUGAGCUGCCCCUGGGACGCGGUCAAGUUCGGGGCCUGCGUCGGCGUGCUCGGCGCCGCGGGCCUGCAGGCCGGCGCGCAGCUCGGGAGCAAGUGCUGCGACGUCGUGCAGGGGCUCGCGGCGGCCGAGGCGGCCGCCUGCUUCUGCACCACCGUCAAGGAGACAGUGCUCGGCAUCCCCACGGAGUGGGACGUCGGCGUCGGCGUCUUGGCCAGCGCCUGCAAGACGGAGCUGCCCAACGGGUUCAAGUGUCUCUGAUUUUCAGAGCUCUGAUGGCUGAUGGCCUGGCCACCAGUGUAUGCAUAUGCAUGCGUCAUAUGUGUCCCUGUACUAGUGCACUUGCAUUGCUGUCGUAGUGUCAUUGUGGAACCCCCGGCCCCAAAUGUUAUUUGAUUUUACUGUAACAUUUGCAUCAUCGUUUUGCCCUUGGCCUUGUUGAAGUGUUGCCUACAGUAAUGAAUAGCAAGGAUGACUGUAAAUUUGUUUGUUCUAAAACAAGGCCGUGUCUAUGGCUAGCUUGCUGUAAAAUGUACAGUAAAAUGCUUAAUUUGAAUCAUUUUGG